AUGCCUCCGAAAGCAGCUAAAUCAAAGGAAGCCCCAGCUGAAAGGCCGAUUCUUGGUCGGUUUUCAUCCCACCUUAAAAUUGGAAUUGUUGGGUUGCCGAAUGUGGGCAAAUCAACUCUUUUCAACACCCUUACCAAGUUAUCCAUACCUGCUGAAAAUUUCCCUUUUUGUACUAUUGAGCCCAAUGAGGCUCGAGUCAAUAUUCCUGACGAGCGAUUUGAUUGGCUUUGUCAACUGUUCAAGCCGAAGAGCGAGGUGUCAGCUUUCUUAGAAAUUCAUGAUAUAGCUGGACUUGUUCGUGGUGCUCAUGAAGGACAAGGAUUGGGGAAUAAUUUCUUAUCUCACAUCCGCGCAGUUGAUGGAAUUUUUCAUGUUUUACGUGCAUUUGAAGAUCCUGAUAUUAUCCAUGUUGAUGACUCUGUGGAUCCUGUGAGGGAUUUAGAGGUUAUAUCUGCAGAAUUGCGGCUCAAGGAUAUUGAAUUCAUUGGGAGGAAGAUAGAGGAUGUUGAGAAGAGCAUGAAGAGGAGCAAUGACAAGCAAUUGAAAAUAGAGCACGAGUUGUGUCUAAGGGUGAAAUCAGUGCUUGAGGAGGGAAAAGAUAUCCGUCUGGUGGAUUGGAAAGCUGCUGAUAUUGAGAUCCUGAAUACUUUUCAGUUGCUUACUGCUAAACCAGUGGUCUACUUGGUUAACAUGAACGAGAAAGAUUAUCAAAGAAAAAAGAACAAAUUUCUUCCAAAGAUUCAUACUUGGGUGCAGGAGCAUGGUGGCGAAACAAUAAUCCCUUUCAGCUGUGCUUUAGAGAGGAAUCUUGCCGACAUGCCUCCAGAUGAAGCUGCCAAAUAUUGCGAGGAGAACAAAAUACAAAGUGCCCUUCCAAAGAUCAUAAAGACUGGAUUCUCAGCCAUUAACCUCAUAUACUUCUUCACGGCAGGACCAGAUGAGGUGAAGUGCUGGCAAAUUCGUCGACUGACAAAAGCUCCUCAAGCUGCAGGGACAAUUCAUACUGAUUUUGAAAGAGGGUUCAUUUGUGCUGAGGUCAUGAAAUUUGAUGAUUUAAAGGAGCUUGGCAGUGAGGCAGCUGUAAAGGCUGCUGGAAAGUACAAACAGGAAGGGAAGACAUAUGUUGUCCAAGAUGGGGACAUAAUUUUCUUCAAAUUUAACGUCUCCGGGGGUGGAAAGAAGUUAUAUCUUCAAUACAUGAAGCCAUUACUUGGGGAUAAUAUGAGGUUAUUUAGGCUUGUUAUGGUUGCCCUUUCUUUCAUUUCCGCCCUCGGGCAGCUCCCUUCCCAGGAUAUUUUGGCGUUGCUUGAGUUCAAGAAAGGAAUUAAGCAUGACCCAACAGGUUUUGUUGUCGAUUCGUGGAACGAUGAAUCCAUUGACUUCAAUGGCUGUCCUGCAUCUUGGAAUGGGAUUAUGUGUACUGGCGGUAACGUGGCAGCUGUUGUUCUUGACAACUUGGGUUUAUCUGCGGAUGUAGACUUGAGUGUGUUCUCUAAUCUUACAAUGCUAGUAAAAUUCUCAAUUUCGAACAACUCCAUAACUGGGACAUUGUCAAACAAGAUUGGUGACUUCAAAAGUCUGGAGUAUCUGGACAUUUCUGACAAUAUGUUCUUCUCAUCCUUGCCACCUGAAAUUGGCAACUUGAGGAGCUUAAAAAAUCUUUCAUUAGCUGGGAACAACUUCUCUGGCUCGAUCCCAGACACAGUUUCGAGGCUUGCCUCGAUUCACUCUUUGGAUAUGAGCCGCAAUUCACUUUCUGGUCCACUGCCAUCAUCUUUGACGAGAUUGUCGGGUCUGGUAUAUCUUAAUCUAUCUGAUAAUGGGUUUACUAAAGGAAUCCCAAAAGGGUUUGAGAUGAUGAUACAGCUUGAUGUGCUUGACUUGCAUGACAAUAUGCUUGAUGGGAAUUUGGAUCCAGAAUUCUUGCAGCUCACUACUGCAAUUCAUGUUGAUCUCAGUGGAAAUUUUCUUGUGAGUUCUGCUAAAGAACAGAACAUUUUACUCUCUGUUUCUGCCACCAUCAAUCAUUUAAAUCUUAGCCACAAUCAGCUAACGGGAUCACUUGUUAGUGGUGGCGAAGUUGGGGCUUUUGGGAACUUGAAGGUUCUGGAUUUGAGCUACAAUCAGCUAUCUGGCGAAUUACCUGGAUUCAAUUUUGUUUAUGAUCUUCAGGUCCUCAAACUCAGUAACAACAAAUUUUCAGGGUUCAUUCCUAAUAUUCUUUUGAAAGGAGACUCUUUGGUUUUAACCGAGUUGGAUUUGAGCGGCAACAAUCUCACGGGGCCUAUAAGUAUGAUAACAUCAACAACAUUGCAAGUUCUUAAUCUCUCCUCAAAUGUACUUUUUGGUGAACUUCCAAUAUUGACAGGAAGUUGUAUUGUUAUUGAUCUUUCAAAAAAUCAAUUUGAGGGAAAUUUAACCAGAAUGCUGAAAUGGGGUAACAUUGAAUUUCUUGAUCUCAGCCAAAACCGCUUAUCAGGCUACAUUCCUGAGGUAACUGCUCAAUUUCUGCGUUUAAACUUUCUCAACCUAUCUCAUAAUUCGCUGAAUGGUUCCCUUCCAAAAGUUGUCACUCUGUUUCCGAAACUCAUGGUCCUUGAUGUCAGUUUCAAUCAAUUGGAGGGACCUCUUCUAACUGCCCUUUUGACAUCAUCCACACUCCAAGAACUUCACCUACAGAAUAAUAAACUUACUGGAAAUAUUAAUUUCUCACCUCGCAUGGAUGAAUCAAAUCUUCGUGCCCUUGAUGUCUCUCAUAAUCAGCUCAGUGGCUAUUUUCCUGAUGGGUUUGGUUCAUUGACUGAACUUCAAACACUCAACAUUCGAGGAAAUAAUUUCUCAGGCUCUCUGCCCACUUCCUUGGGUGAGAACAGCACCCUAACUUCAUUAGACAUUUCCCAGAAUCAUUUUACUGGACCCCUGCCAAAAAACUUGCCUAAUGGUCUCCAAAGCUUCAAUGCAUCAUAUAAUGAUCUUUCUGGGGUAGUUCCUGAAAAUUUGAGGAAGUUUCCACUAUCUUCAUUUUACCCUGGCAAUUCUGAAUUGCAAUUUCCAAAUCCUCCCUCGGGCUCAAACCAGGGUCCAUCUAGAAAUCGCCAUGGGAAACAUAAGAAAACUAUUAUCACAGUGGUGAUAAUAGUUGCUUGUGUGAUUUUUGUAGUCAUUCUAAUCCUUCUUACUAUUUUCAUUCUCUACAAACGCACAUCUAAAAGGCCGUCACCACAUGUUACUAACAAAGAUGUCCAGCGUCAAACAUCAACAAAACCUUCUAGCUUUGCUGGAAGAGACAGGGGAGGCAGUUUGGUUGUUUCAGCUGACGAUCUUGUAACUGGGCGAAAGGGGUCAUCAUCAGAGAUUAUUAGUCCUGAUGAGAAAAUGGCUGCAACAACAGGUUUCUCACCAUCAAAGACCAGCCAUUUCUCUUGGUCACCGGAGUCAGGAGAUUCAUAUGCUGCAGACAGCCUUUCAAGACUGGAUGUUAGAUCUCCAGAUCGACUGGCUGGUGAGUUGUACUUUCUUGAUGAUACAAUCUCAUUUACAGCUGAGGAAUUGUCAAGAGCACCAGCUGAAGUUCUGGGAAGGAGCAGCCAUGGGACAUCUUACCGGGCAACACUAAACAAUGGUUUGUUCUUGACUGUAAAGUGGUUGAGGGAAGGGGUUGCAAAACCAAGAAAGGAAUUUGCUAAAGAGGCCAAAAAAUUUGCAAAUAUAAGACAUCCAAACGUGGUUGGACUGAGAGGGUACUACUGGGGACCUACACAGCAUGAGAAGCUCAUUCUUUCAGAGUACAUAUCUCCUGGAAGUCUUGCAAGUUUUCUGUAUGAUCGGCCUGGAAGAAAGGGUCCACCCUUAACCUGGCCCCAAAGGCUCAAAAUAGCAGUUGAUAUCGCUCGUGGCUUGAACUAUCUCCAUUUUGACCCUGCGGUCCCACAUGGAAACCUUAAAGCAAGCAAUGUACUACUAGAUGGCCCUGAUCUUAAUGCACGCGUUGCUGAUUACUGCCUUCACCGCCUCAUGACGCAAUCAGGCACCGUUGAACAGAUUCUUGAUGCUGGGGUGUUGGGUUAUCGUGCACCAGAGUUAGCUGCAUCAAAGAAGCCCCUCCCCUCCUUCAAAUCAGAUGUUUAUGCUUUUGGAGUUAUUCUGUUGGAACUUCUUACUGGAAAGUGUGCGGGUGAUGUGAUUUCUGGCGAAGAUGGUGGAGUCGAUUUGACAGAUUGGGUUCGGUUAAGAGUGGCAGAUGGUCGUGGAUCGGAUUGUUUUGAUGCUGCACUGACACCUGAGAUAGGAAUUCCGGCAUCUGAGAAGGGAAUGAAGGAGGUCCUUGGAAUAGCUCUACGAUGUAUCCGUUCCGUGUCUGAGAGGCCAGGCAUCAAGACUAUAUACGAGGAUCUAUCGUCGAUUUAG